AUGUGUGCUGGGAAUUUUGCCAAGUGCCUGGGGGGCACCCUCAUUCUGCUUUCUGUGAUUGCCUUUAUAGCUAACAUUCUGUUAUUUUUUCCUGGAGGAAAAGAGGUAGACAUCUACCACCUUUCGGAAGAGGUCUGGUUUUUCGGAGGAAUAUUAGGAAGUGGGUUCUUGGUGCUUCUCCCUGCCAACCUGUUCUUGGGCCUGAAGGAAAGUGACUGCUGCAGAUGCUGUGGCAGCGAGAGAUGUGGAAACCGAUUUGCGAUGUUUGCCUCCAUACUAUUUGCUGUGAUUGGAUUCUUGGGUGCUGGAUAUUCAUUUAUCACCUCUGCUUUCUCAAUCAAGAAGGGUCCUAAAUGUCUCAUGGACAAUAAUGAAUGGGGCUAUCCCUUCCACAAUGGGGAUUAUCUCAGUGACAAAGACUUAUGGAGCAAAUGCCGAGAGCCUGAACACGUGAUUUCCUGGAAUCUGACACUUUUCUCCAUCUUGCUCAUUGUAGCAGUGAUGCAGAUGCUGCUCUGUGCCAUCCAGGUGGUCAAUGGUCUCCUGGGGACGGUGUGUGUAGACUGUCAGUGUUGUGGCUGCUGUAGGGGAUAUGGACGACUUUAAAUCUCUAUGAUGAUCUUUAACAUGAUGACAUGUGGGAAGACACAUUAAACUUCUUCUCUCUUUGGGGUUGUCAAAUUUUAUCUACUUUCAAACCGUCAAAGCUUAGGGAAGGCAGAGUUAUUCCUUCUCCUUUCCAAUCAUCUUAGUUCCACUUAGAAUUUUAUAGUAUUGACUAUAUUCCCUUAUUAGUUUCAAAUAAGAUAGUAUGGUCACUUACGUUAUAUUUUUUAAUCUUUCAAAUUGGCUUUCUUUUAGAAUUCAGCAGAUUCAAAAUAAAUUUACAAAAUUUUUUCUUUAGAACUGAAAGAUGUAAGACAUCCCAUAUAC